AUGUCGUCGACCGAACGAUCCAGCGCUCGUUUGCGCAAGAAAAACGGAUCGAGGCAGCAACCCUCACUACUGAUCCGACCUGAUGAAGGUGUUCCUGAAGUGAUCGAACUGGAGGACACGGAUGGAUUGAUUGAAUGGAUUCGUGUCGACUCCGAGACUGCCUGGCGUGUUAUCAUGAGACGUCAGGACCGAAUCAAUGAAUUCGAAACUGAACCCGUCGAGAUACGGGAUACUGACACGGAUGCUGACGGAGCUAUGAACACAAACCAAGCCAUUAUGGAACUGGCUGAAAAGAACGCCCGACUGGAAAAUGAGAUUGCCCAGUUAAGGGAACAGACCUCUACUGCUGCCAUCGCCGAGAACUAUGCAGAAGAAUAUGCACAGAUACGUGAGGAGCGUGAUGCUGCAAUCCAUGAACGAGAUGGCGUGUUGACCACUAUGCGCCUGAUUGGAAAGACUCCAGUCCGUGAAUCCCCUGUCCCUUCGACGAUCAGCAACAAAAAAUCGACCAAGAUGCCUGACCCACCAAUGCUGAAUGAUGGAAAGGAUGUGAAAUUCAAGACAUGGAGGAACGAUAUACGUCGCAAGCUACUGCUCAACGAGGACCAUUACCCUACAGCUGCUCAUCAGCUGGCUUAUAUCAAUGUGUUUGAUCAUCUUGAAGGAGUCUUCCAUGAUCCAAACCAAAAACAGGCCGCGCGAGAUGAGUAUCUCACAUUGAAGAUGGAACCAAAGAAACAAGACUUCACUGAUUUCCUAGCCGAAUUCACUUACCUUGCGGAGGAAGCAGAACAGCCAGAGGAACUUCGAAAGGAAGAUCUCUACCGCAAGUUUCCAGUGUCACUACAGAACCAGGUGAUGGCGGAAGCAGGAGAUAAUGAUGUUUCAUUUGAGAAGUUUGUCAGAAAGUGUCAAAUCAUCACACGCCUGGUUAACCAGCAGUUUGCAAGUCGCACUGCGAACGUCAAUGCAGGUGGUAAUCGAGGACGAACUGCUCCGAACACAAGCACGAAGGGCACUUCAUCUGUGAAUAAAAAUACAGGAACUUGGAAACAGAUGGAUGAGGAGUGCGCUCCUAAAGCAAGUAAAGUGUUACAGCUGCAAGGAAUCCGGUCAUCUUUCUCGUGA